UUAGUAGGACUCUGUCACCAGGAGGGAGAACAGACACUCCGAGGCUCUGAUCUCCAGCAUUUCCAUCAGCUCUCCUUCUUUUUUUAUGUUGCUUUCCUCUUUGGAGUUAUUCAUCCUGCACUGACUUCUUCCUGCAGAUGCUGCAUCAGCUCUGCUUCAGUUAACAGCAGGCCUUACACCUCCAGGCGGAUCGAGCGGACAGGUGAUGAACGGAGCCGGGUUAUGGGUGCUGCUCCUGGGCUGCUGCUGCUGCCUCGCUGCGGCGCAGGAGCUGCCGGCCGGCGGCCUGAACGGAUACAGCCUCCACCCGCCCUACUUCAACCUGGCGGAGGGGACCAAGAUCACCGCCACGGCGACCUGCGGGGAGGACGAGAGCGGCAGGAGCCUGCAGGACCUGUACUGUAAGCUGGUCGGGGGCCCGGUGUCCGGGGACCCGAGCCAGACAAUCCAGGGGCAAUACUGUGACAUCUGCAGCCAGGAGGACAGCGAUCGGGCCCAUCCCAUCACUAACGCCAUCGAUGGGACAGAGAGAUGGUGGCAGAGCCCGCCUCUGUCCCGCAGCACGGAGUUCAACCAGGUCAACGUCACGCUGGAUCUGGGACAGCUCUUCCAUGUGGCCUAUGUGUUGAUCAAAUUUGCCAACUCCCCCCGUCCGGACCUCUGGGUUCUGGAGAGAUCCACAGACUACGGUCUGACCUACCAGCCCUGGCAGUUCUUUGCCUCCUCCAAAAGGGACUGUAUUGAACGCUUUGGACAGAGGACCAUAGAGAGAAUCAACCAUGACGAUGAUGUUAUCUGCACCACAGAGUACUCUCGUAUAGUCCCGCUGGAAAACGGAGAGAUUGUGGUGUCCCUGGUGAACGGCCGGCCCGGGGCCAUGAACUUCUCCUAUUCGCCAGUGCUUAGGGACUUCACCAAGGCCACCAACAUCAGGCUCCGCUUCCUAAGGACCAACACCCUUUUGGGACACCUGAUGGGCAAGGCGCUGCGUGACCCCACCGUCACCCGGAGGUACUACUACAGUAUCAAAGACAUCAGCAUCGGAGGAAGAUGUGUGUGUAAUGGACACGCUGAGGCCUGCAACGCCAAUGACCCAAAUGAUCCUUACAA